AUGAGUAGUGCCACACGCUCCAUUCGUCGUUCACGACGUAAUGUUAAUACAGCAACAACAAGCACAACACAUCCCGAUGACAUGAUAUCAAUGGAUUUAUCAGGUGGUGACACGUCACCUCCCACUCGACGACGUCGUCUUAAUAGUGACGAUCCUAUGGAAGGAUGCUCCAAAAGAGAAGGGGUUAGUACAAGAAGAAAAACAGAUGCGAAAAUAGAGCUGGGCAUCCGAUUAAUAGCCCAAAUGCGACUCAUCCAUAAUACUAGAAGAACUGUUGCACUAGAGAGGACAAGUAUUGGAAGUGGAAAUGAGGAUCAAAUUGAUGCUGGGGUUGUUGGCAGCGAAUUGACAUUUGAAGAUAAUGCGGGGCAUGUUUCCAUUAUUAGUCCAGAAAUAAAACGAGAGGAUAUUACUCGAAAACAAUACAUUCGACCAAUUUUAGAUGUACCGGAAGCGUCUCUUUCGCCCAUUGAAAUUAAAGUUGAGGAAAAUAGCGCAGCAUCAGUAAAUGUUUCCAUUGUUCCUUGCUCAUCAUAUCUGGAGCAGCAGCCAUCCACUUCAACGGUUGCAGCACAUCAGGCGUCUUCGAUACCAUCAGCCACGGCCCAUUCUACACCUCGAAGUUCCUCAGCAGCUGGAGCAGAAUCAAGUGUUGAAAGAGUUGCUAAACAGGAAGCGCAAGUAUUAGCACGAAUUGCUGAACUUCGAAGACAAGGUCUCUGGACAGCAUCCCGAUUACCAAUGAUUGAAAUGCCUCCGCGAAACAAAACGCAUUGGGAUUAUUUGUUGGAAGAAAUGCGUUGGAUGGCUAUAGAUUUUCGUCAGGAACGAACUUUUAAACGUCAGGCAGCGAAAAAGUUCUCAUCUCAAAUUGCACGGAUGUUACGAGAUCGGGAACAAGAAAAGGAACGAGUAGAACAACGGGCUGUAAGAGAAGCAAAACGUGUUUGUGCGCUUAUCGCAAAAAUGGUUCGAGACUUCUGGCAGAAUGUUGAUAAAGUAGUUGAUUUACGUGCACAGGAAAUAAUCGAGUCAAUGAAGCGGAAAGCGUUAGACCAACAAUUGGAAAUGAUGGUAGGUCAUGCUGACAAAUUGAGUGAAAUGGUUCAGGAAGGUUUAAUAGGCGAAAGAUCGAGCAGAGCAUCAUCGCGGCGGAGUAGUGACAUUAAAGAUGAAGAUGCUGCAAGUUUUUCAACCGAUUCGGAUGAUAUUUCAAUGUCGGAUGCUGAAACAGGAGAUGGAAAUGUCGAGGAGGAAAUGCAAGGAUUGGUGGCCGAAGGGAAUCUUGAACUUGAUGAUUUUCUUGACUCACUACCACAUGAGUAUCUAGAAGGUCUUUCAAAAUCGGAACAGCGGCCGGAUUUUUUUGAGCCUACACAGGGUACAUCUGUUGAUUAUAAACGUCCUGAAGGAAGCGAGGUAUCUACUGAAUACACAGCAUCGGAAAUCACACAAGAAGAAGAUUCGACACGUCAUAGUGCAUCUAUUACGCAAAGUAUUUCAUCAGUGUCAGAAAAAGAAACUCUUGAUCCUACACAUACAGAAAAUGCAGAAAAAGGCGCUAUAAGCGCUGCGAUAAAUUAUGAUCGGUUGACAUCAGAAAAUAGCGAAGAGCGACAAAAAGAGUUAGCAAAUAUUGCAGAGGAGGCUUUGAAAUUUCAGCCAAAAGGAUUCACUUUAGAAACGACACAAGUGAAGACGGAAGUACCGCAUCUGGUUAGGGGUGCGUUGAGGGAAUAUCAAAUGGUUGGUUUGGAUUGGUUAGUGACUUUAUACGACAAUGGCUUAAACGGCAUCUUAGCUGAUGAAAUGGGUUUAGGAAAAACGAUACAAACGAUAGCGCUGCUUGCACAUCUGGCAUGCAAAGAAUAUAUUUGGGGUCCACAUCUUAUUAUUGUACCAACAUCAGUGAUCUUAAAUUGGGAAAUGGAAUUUAAAAAAUGGUGCCCAGCUUUCAAAUUACUCACUUACUUUGGUAAUCAAAAAGAGCGAGCUGAAAAACGGAAAGGAUGGUCCAAAACCAAUGCUUUUCAUAUUUGCAUUACUUCGUACAAAAUUGUUACUCAGGAUAUUCGGUCAUUUAAACAUAAAACUUGGCAGUAUUUUAUCCUGGAUGAGGCACAAAAUAUCAAAAAUUUCAAAAGUCAACGUUGGCAAACGUUGCUCAAUAUCCGUGCUCGUCGUCGUUUACUUUUGACGGGUACACCACUACAGAAUUCUUUGAUGGAACUUUGGUCUCUUAUGCACUUUUUGAUGCCAGCUAUUUUUGCAUCGCAUAACGAUUUCAAAGACUGGUUUAGUAAUCCUCUAAAUGAUAUGAUGGAAGGUAAUACAGAAUGGAACACUCCUCUAAUACAGAGACUCCAUAAAGUACGUAGGUUCACAUCUACAACUGGAACUAUAAAUAAUCGAAUACUUUGUUUUGGUAAUCCUCAAGUACUCAGGCCAUUUAUUUUACGACGUCUGAAAAGUGACGUAGAGAAACAGUUGCCAGAGAAGACGGAACAUAUAAUCAAAUGUCCUUUAUCGAAGCGACAGCGAUGCCUUUAUGAUGAUUUCAUGUCCAGGAGAUCAACGAGAGAAAAUUUGCGGUCAGGUAGUGUCAUGUCAGUAUUGAACAUUGUUAUGCAGCUCCGGAAAUGUUGCAACCAUCCGAAUUUGUUUGAGCCGCGACCGAUAUUAUCACCUUUUGUGACGCGACAUAUUACUGUUACUUUGCCGGGUAUAUUGUUGAACAUUUGUCAAGGAAUGGACGUCGAAGAAACGGAUGUUUUAGAUCUCUUCAAAAUUUCACCUUUUUGUGGUUCUCACUUUGCAUACAGCGAAGGACGUCGUUUAGCUAUUAAUGAGCAAAUGUUGAAUGAUCAUCUUUCAAGACCAGUGGAUAUGCCAUUGCCAAACUUAGGAGGGUUUCAUUUCUCGCGACCGCCACCACAGCUGCAUCCACAACCGCAAACGAGGGAAGGAUCAAAAGUUUUCAUGCCAGUUCCGUUGCCGGCAGCAGGCAUCCCACGGGGGAAUGAGCUGUAUGUUUCGGUCGAUGAUCUUGGGAAUGCGCGAGUUUAUCAACUAGUGGUUGAUAGUACUGGUGGUCAUACAGUUCGUGAAUGUGAGCCAAGUUCUGUAGCUGGCAGUCGUCUUUUAGUUUCUAGUGCAACAACUUCGCAGAAUACUACUGUUACUUCUGUUAGGACAUUAUCUGGGACUCCGACGCAACCAAUAAUGCAAGCAUCAUCAAAACUUUUGUCGGCGAAACAGAGUACGGUCGAACCAACAACUACAUCGUCACCUACAACUGUUCCAUUGCUCAAACCAGUGUUUCGUUCCACAACGAUUUUGUCACAAACACGCUCUUCAACCGAUGCUUGUGCAAAGAGUACCGGGACGGUGAACAAUGGCUGUACAUCACUUCCUGAAUCUCAUAUUGCUGCAACCUUCCCGAUAAGUCGGGCACAACAAGUAAAGCUAUUAGAACCGGAAUCUGCUAGUGUUGGUACGGUGGACACUGCGGCUGGUAACCGAGAUCAAGUUGAGACGAUGGAGGUUGAAGUGAAACCAGUCAUAGCUGCAGAACAAACUACUGAAAAACCAGACUUAUAUGAUUUCCUUGUUCUGCCAGAUACGUUGAAAACUAUGGAACAGAUAAAGGUAGAAAGGUUGCAACGCUGUGCGGCAAUUUGUUCUCGACGUUUAUUAUUCCCAAAUGUUUGUCGCACGCCGUUAGUAUCAGAUGAAUUAUUAUUUGUCAUCAAGAAGGAACUAGGCCAGAAGAAACGUCAUCGUAAUUUUUCAACAACAGAUUCGUUAGGAUGGUUGACACAAUCGCUGGUUGAUUGGACUAUUGAUGCAUCACAAAGGUUCACUGUUUUCGUGCAUGGCGCUCUAACAGAUGAACCUGUUUUGCAAAUUAAUACUGCUGGAUGUCACGCCUACAUGCGAAAAGAAUGGGAUGAUUUGAAUGAAGAAUGUCAUCACGUAGUGUUGGAUUCUGACAGAUUGUUUUCUUACAUAGAUAUGAUGCAAAAGCUCCAGUUUCCUGAAUUGCGCUUAAUUGAAUAUGAUUGUGGUAAACUGCAAGUCCUAAACAAUCUAUUGCGUGAUCUCUUCCUAUACAAACAUCGUUGUUUGAUUUUUACACAAAUGGCACGGGUUUUGGAUAUCUUGCAAGCUUUCUUAUCGUUCCACGGUUAUCAAUAUUUUCGAUUGGAUGGAACGACUGGAAUUGAACAGAGACAGGCAAUGACGGAACGCUUCAAUGCAGAUCCAAAAAUAUUCUGUUUUAUUCUAUCAACUCGAUCAGGUGGUAUAGGUGUUAAUUUGACUGGUGCAGAUACGGUAAUUUUUUAUGAUUCCGAUUGGAAUCCAACGAUGGAUGCACAAGCUCAGGAUCGUUGUCAUCGUAUUGGACAGACGCGAAACGUCACAAUCUACCGUUUAGUUAGUGAGCGAACAAUUGAAGAAAAUAUUCUGCGAAAAGCAAUACAGAAACGACGUCUCGGUGAAAUGGCCAUUGACGAAGGGGGAUUUACACCGGAAUUUUUCAAAGGUGAUAAUGUGAGAGACUUGUUCGAAGGUGUUGCAAAUAUAGCCGACGUCGUUGCUCCAGUUGCGGUGGCAGAUAAUAAAGAAAUUGAAAAAGCUAUGGCAACGAUUGAAGAUAUACAGGAUGUUCAUGCAGCACAACGAGCAAAUGCUGAAGUGGAAGCAGAUAUUGCGGAGUUCGAUGAAAAUACUCUAAUAGCUUCCGCUGAGAACAGUCAAGAAAAAAUUGAAUCCAAAUAUUUAGAACUAAUAAAUCAGUUAAAACCAAUCGAACGAUAUGCAGUCAAUUUUUUGGAAGCAGAAUACAAACCAGAAUUUGAAGAAGAAGUAAAAGAAGCCAAGGCUAUGAUUGAUUCGAAGAAGGAUGAAUGGAUGAAAGCCCAAGAGGAUGCAAUGGAGGAAGACAAUGGCGAACAGCAGAGCGAUGAUGAGAUCUCGUUGACAUAUCUUACUGGAUUCGAUGUUCCUGGUUCUGUGGAUGAGGUACGCUCAAAAGCAUCGGCAUCACGUUUAGCUACACUUAGGCCUCAGUUGCAUAAACCAUAUUCACAUAACUUACGUUCAGCAUUCUCUGCGUUGAAAACACGUUCGUCUCCACGUCUUGUUCAUACUAAGACGACGCAUCCUAUGUCGGAAAAUGCGACUACUAUUAAAACAGUAGUAACUAAUUUGCGCAAAACGACGGAUGAAAUUAAUACGCAAACUCAAUCCGAAUUUGAAAGUAAUCCGUCGUCAUUAGUUUCGAAACCGCAACUCAAAUUCCAUCCGCAGAAGUUAUCGACCGAGAAGCUACCUAAAACAGCGCAAUCACGACAAACGAGGCCCGGUGUAAAGGAAAGUUCUUGUGCAAGAGUCGUUCCACUUUCAGUUGCUUUUACCAAAGCAGCAACUGCAACGCAUUGCAUAUCUAGUUCCAUUCAUACAUCAAAUUCUCCAGUUUCAUCUUUUAGUAAUCCAUUGUUUUCAUCAUUACCGUCAACUUCUUCCAGUUCUAGGACUUCAUCAAGGACCAACACCUUUACUAGUUUUUCACCCUCACUCUCAGCCUCUUAUCCAGUUUUGGAAGGGAACAGGACGUUGCUGAUGCGUCGUCAAACAUUUCCGUCGUCAUUUGCUGCAAGUUCAUGUGUGUCAUCGCAGCAGCUGCAUGCUUCUGCUGGCCCUUCGAAAUUUUCAGCGCAGACAACUGUGAUAAGAAGAAGAUGUGAAAGUGGGAGUUUCGAAUUUUUGAAACCAAUUUCUUCUGCGCAUAAGGCUUCAAGCCAUCAUCAGUCGUUGCCGGGAAUACGGAUAAAACCAACACUGGGCGACUAUGAACGGCCUAGGUUGUGUUUGCGAAAACGUGGUGAAUCAAGGAGUGACGAAGCUGAAUCUUCUUCCACUUCGAAUACGGGUUCCGAAAACGUUGCAGAAUCUGGAUAA